AUAGCCAGUCACUGUACCACUUAGCCUGAAGGAGAAGGAGGAGGAGGAAAACCAACUUCAGAGGACAUGCUGACACCAUUAACUUGCCUCUGUGGCUGAUGCUAUCUGGUAUAGCCCUGCUGAUUAGCCGGUUUUGGCAUCAGGACAUCCCUGGCGGCGCAGCUGUCAGGCUGUAGAUUGUGCAUGCAUGAGUUUGAGUCUCCUUGUGGCCCUACGAUGGAUUGGCGACCUGUCCAGGGUGUACCCCGCCUUUUGCCCGAUGUCAGCUGGGAUUGGCUUCACCCCCAGCGAUCCUGUAUGCAGGAUAAGCAGUUGACGAUGGAUGGAUGUCUUCUUGUGAUUCUCAGUUCAUGCUUACUACAUCAAGGCAAUAAAUUCCUUUCAGACCUCCAGAAUGACUUGGUGGCCAAUAGGAGGCUGUAGUUGUGUAGUGCUGCAUUUGGUGUAAUCUGAUGCAGUGCAAUGGCAGGAAUGACUUUGAUGUUAACCUUCACUGUUCCUCUGCUCUUUACUCCAGUCACUUUAUCAGAAUAAAGAACGUGCUGAGGGCAGAUAAGAGAUAUCAGAGAAACACUGUGUGUGUGUGUGUGUGUGUGUGUGUGUGUGUGUGUGUGUGUGUGUGUGUGUGUGUGUGAGAGAGACCUGGCUAGGGGUGACAUUGUUACUACCAUUUUACGCAGGAAGUCGUAUUAAAGUGCGUGUGUGUUCAAAGGUGUUUAUGCGCAUGUGUAUCUUAAUAGGGGAGUUGUUGUGUAUAAAAGGCUUUUCCAAAAAAAUCUCUCCUGUUUCUGACCGUUGUGUUUGUGUGUGCGCGUAUGUGUGAGAGAGGGAGAAACAGGGUGUGUGUUGGGACUGGACCCUAACUUAAAGCCAAGAUUUCGGGGGCGAAGAAGGAUCGAGUGGUCUGGACCUCCAUUGAUUUAGGAGAGCAGUCCCCUAUCACACCUGCAACCAUGAGUAAACCGGACACAUACGACAUGUUUGAGAUGGAUGGAGAGAUGGACAAGAAGAAGAAGAAGAAGAUGAAGAAGAAGGAGAAACUGGAGGGCAUGAAGAAAGAAAUGGAUAUAGACGACCACGAGAUUACAAUUGAAGAACUAGAAAUGAGGUACAACACUAGUGUUACCAAGGGUUUGACCACUGCCUAUGCAAAUCAGAUCUUGGAGAGAGACGGUCCCAAUGAACUGAAGCCUCCUAAAGGAACUCCAGAGUAUGUGAAGUUUGCCAGGCAGCUGGCUGGAGGGCUGCAGUGUCUGAUGUGGGUUGCAGCCUGCAUCUGCUUCAUCGCCUUUGGAAUUGAACUUGCGAGGGGGAACCUCACCAGCUUUGACAAUCUGUACUUGGCUAUCACCCUAAUUGCUGUUGUCGUGGUUACUGGCUGCUUUGGCUACUACCAAGAAUUCAAGAGUACCAACAUCAUUGCGAGCUUCAAGAAUUUGGUGCCACAGCAAGCCGUUGUGAUACGUGAUGGCCAGAAAAACCAGAUCAACGCCAACCAAUUGGUGGUGGGGGAUUUGGUGGAGAUCAAAGGAGGAGACCGAGUCCCUGCUGACAUUCGUAUCAUCAGUCAGAGCUGCAAGGUGGACAACUCAUCGUUGACAGGAGAGUCUGAACCCCAAACCAGGAGUCCAGAAUGCACUCAUGAGAAUCCACUGGAGACCAGAAACAUUGCUUUCUUCUCUACAACCUGUCUGGAAGGUGUUGCUACUGGUGUGAUCAUUAACACGGGUGAUCGUACCAUCAUCGGUCGGAUUGCCACCUUGGCAAGUGGCGUUGGCAAUGAGAAGACACCCAUUGCCAUAGAAAUUGAGCAUUUUGUUGACAUCAUUGCUGGUCUUGCAAUCUUUUUCGGCUUUACCUUCUUUGUGGUUGCCAUGUUCAUCGGAUAUGCCUUCCUGGAAGCUAUGAUCUUCUUCAUGGCUAUCGUGGUGGCUUAUGUGCCAGAGGGGCUGCUUGCUACAGUUACUGUAUGUCUGUCUCUGACUGCUAAACGACUUGCCAGGAAGAACUGUGUUGUGAAGAACCUGGAGGCUGUGGAGACAUUGGGGUCCACUUCAGUGAUCUGUUCUGAUAAGACUGGUACCCUGACCCAGAACAGGAUGACUGUGGCUCACCUUUGGUUCGACAACCAGAUCCACGCUGCAGAUACCACUGAAGAUCAAUCGGGCCACAGUUUUGACCAGUCAUCAGAAACAUGGCGUUCACUAGCGAGAGUGGCUUCCCUGUGUAACAGAGCUACAUUCAAACCUGAUCAGGAAGGUGUACCUAUUCCUAAGAGGAUCGUGGUGGGAGAUGCGUCAGAGACGGCUCUGCUAAAGUUCACAGAGCUCACUGUAGGGAACAUCAUGGACUACCGUAAUCGCUUCAAGAAAGUGGUGGAAGUGCCCUUCAACUCUACCAACAAGUUCCAGCUAUCUAUCCAUGAACUGGAGGAUCCUCUGGACCUACGCUACCUGUUGGUGAUGAAGGGAGCACCGGAACGCAUCUUAGAGCGCUGCUCCACCAUUUUGAUAAAAGGCCAGGAGUUGCCUCUGGAUGAGCAGUGGAGCGAGGCCUUUCAGACAGCCUAUAUGGACCUGGGAGGACUGGGAGAGAGAGUAUUGGGUUUCUGCCAUCUCUAUCUGAAUGAGAAAGAGUUUCCUCGUGGCUUUCGAUUUGACAGUGAAGAUAUGAACUUCCCUACGUCAGGACUGUGCUUUGCCGGUCUCAUCUCAAUGAUUGACCCCCCAAGAGCCACUGUACCUGAUGCAGUGAUGAAAUGUCGUACUGCUGGUAUCAGGGUUGUCAUGGUGACUGGGGACCAUCCAAUUACAGCAAGGGCAAUAGCAGCUAAUGUUGGUAUCAUCUCAGAAGGCAGUGAAACAGUGGAAGAUAUUGCCCAGAGGAAGCGCAUACCUGUCGAACAAGUGAACAAAAGGGACGCCCGUGCUUGCGUGAUCAGCGGAGGUCAGCUGAAAGACAUGAGCAGCGACGAGUUAGAUGACGCGCUACGGAACCAUCCUGAGAUGGUGUUUGCAAGAACAUCCCCUCAGCAGAAACUGAUCAUUGUGGAGAGUUGUCAACGUCUGGGCUCUAUCGUUGCUGUGACAGGUGAUGGUGUGAACGACUCUCCGGCUCUUAAGAAGGCUGAUAUCGGUGUCGCUAUGGGGAUUGCCGGGUCAGAUGCUGCCAAGAACGCUGCAGACAUGAUCCUGUUGGACGACAACUUUGCUUCUAUUGUCACUGGAGUGGAGCAGGGUCGUCUUAUCUUUGACAACCUGAAGAAGUCUAUUGCCUACACACUAACCAAGAACAUUCCUGAGCUGACUCCAUAUCUGAUCUACAUCACUGUCAGCGUGCCUCUUCCUCUGGGCUGCAUCACUAUUCUCUUCAUCGAACUGGCCACUGACAUUUUCCCCUCCGUCUCUCUAGCUUACGAGAAAGCAGAGAGUGACAUCAUGCAUCUGAAGCCCAGGAACCCUCGUCGUCAUCGUCUGGUAAACGAAGCCCUGGCUGUAUACUCGUACUUCCAGAUAGGAGCCAUCCAGUCUUUUGCAGGAUUUACAGAUUAUUUCACAGCCAUGGCCCAGGAGGGCUGGUUUCCCCUCCUGUGUGUUGGCCUGCGUUCUCAGUGGGAGGAUGUUCAUCUUCAAGAUUUACAGGACAGCUAUGGACAAGAAUGGACCUUCAGUCAGAGGUUGUACCAGGAGUAUACGUGCUACACUGUAUUUUUUGUCAGUAUAGAGAUCUGUCAGAUCUCAGAUGUGCUGAUCAGGAAAACUCGACGUCUCUCUGUGUUCCAGCAAGGCUUCUUCAGGAACCGUGUACUGGUUACUGCCAUAGUCUUCCAGCUGUGCCUGGGUAAUCUGCUUUGUUACUGCCCUGGAAUGCCCAAUAUCUUCAAUUUCAUGCCAAUCAGAGUCCAGUGGUGGUUUGUUCCUGUUCCAUAUGGUAUUUUAAUCUUUGUCUAUGACGAGAUCAGGAAGUUAGGAGUCAGACGAUAUCCAGGAAGUUGGUGGGAUCAGGAAUUAUACUACUAAGACCAGAGAAGCUCUUUCAUUCAUCCAUCUGUCCAUAUGCAUGAAAGCACCACUCAAACAGAAUGCGGCAAACCCAGAGGACCUUACCCAAUUCACCCUACAUCUAUAUUACUUUGAGCUCUAUGUAUUUAUAGCUUUCAAUUUUAACAUUAUAUUAAUAAAGAGUCUGCCUAAAUCAUUUAACAAAGGAAAUAGGUACUAAUCACUAAAAGUCAUAAAUUAAUAAUUCACAAAGAUUUGUUGUUUCAACUGUGACUGCGUUGUAUUUGUACUAAUAAAGAAUUUUUCAGA